AUGGUGACCGCGCUCGGGAUCUCGCGCGCGGUGGGGGCGACGGCGACGGCGACGGGCGGUGGCGAUGCCGUAAGUGAUCGAUCGAACGCGUUCACGCGAGGGCCGGACGGGGAGGUGGUGGAUCUCACGGAGACGAAUUUCGACGAAGCGUUGACGCGCGGGACGCCGGUGCUCGUCAAGGUGUACGCGGAUUGGUGUAAACACUGCCAAGCCCUGGCGCCCGUGUGGGGGGAGGUCGCGCGAGAACUGGAGGGUGAGCUCUUUGUCGCUCGCGUGGACGGACCGAAGAAUCGAUUGUUGGUGAAGAGAAUCGGGGCCAAGGGAUACCCGACGAUCGCGCUCUUCAAGGGUGGAAAGAUGUACGAAUACGAUAGCGGAGAUCGAAGCGUCCACGCCUUGGUGAGCUUUGCGAGGAAGGAUUAUAGAAAAGUGAAAUCGCACGCGUUUUUCCACGCAGUUUGGUUCUCCCGAGCGCUGCGAGCGCUGUACGCGGUGCCGGCGUUCGGGCAAAAGGCGUACGGGUACCUCCAUCGAGAGUUGCACAUGAGCAACGUGGCGAUACUGUUCUUGACGCUCUGUGUGCCGGUGACGGCGGGGAUGUUCGCCAUAUUCGUCGCGGACAUGUUGAUUGUUCGACACGUGUUACAAGAAACUCGGCGAAUGUAUCGACCGCAGGGCAAUGGGCAGGGUGGAGGCCUCGCGCCGCCACCGCCACCCCCGCGUCGCCCGCACUUUGAUUGA